AUGUCGUUUGGUGUCGAUGUUAUGCACUUGAUCUGUGAUAACCUCUCCCGCCUAUUGUACAACCUCUGGGAUGGUCGUCUUCCUGCGGGGACUCAUGCGAAGGCCCCGGAUCUUGCUCCCGGGAAGUUGCCGGCAAGAGAACACGGGCCGCUUGAACGGACCGAUGAUACCGGUGAUCCUGACGCAGAUCCUGUCGCACCGGUCGGCCCGCCAGCCGCUGAAAGACCUGCUCCUCGUGUUCCAAGAGAGGCCGGUCCGGCGAGAACGACGAAGAAGGCACGUGCUAAGGAUCCGUGGGUGCUCACCUCCAAGAUGUGGGAGGAGAUUGGUGAGGAUAUGAGGGCAUGCCGCCGGCGUAUCCCAAAUCAACUUGGAAGGGCGCCUAGGAACAUUGCAAAGAACUCGGCAGGGUUCAAGGCAACAGAAUGGUCUUUGUGGCUUUCUCUGUACUCAGUUCCCCUGCUCUCCGGGCGCCUUCCUGAUGAGUAUUUGGCGAACUGGGAGAAGGUAUGUGAGGCCUACAACAUGUCAAUCGCUUUCGAGAUCACUGUGGAUGAACUCACCAAGAUUCGGAGGAUCUUUAAGGAGUUCGUCUUGGAAUACGAACGCUUAUACUACCAGUACGAUUACAACAGGAUGUCAGCAUGCCCUUCAUCGAUACACAUGCUCCUCCACGUCGCUGAUUGCAUUGAAUGGCUGGGGCCUGCUUGGGUCUUCUGGGUUUUCGCAAUGGAGAGAAUGAAUGGAAUGGUUGUGCCUAAGGCUCGGUCUCGCUCUGAACUCAACAAGAGUCUUGCCAAUGCCGUCCUCCUCGACGAACAGUUGAAACUCUUCGGAUACAUCAGAACCACUACCCCGGUCUUCUCCAUGUCAGUCAAACCUUCGCCUAUACACACCUGCACAUAUGAGACGCCCUCCGGCUGGUUCAUGAAACCCGAAAAGCUCAUUCAACUCAGCUGUACCGCUCAUCGACAUCUCGUGGACUACCUUCAAGAGCUGGAUGUGCGGAUCAAGGCAGAUCAGGUGGAUAAGACUGUUCGUGCCUACAAGCGCUUCCAGCUUUGCGAGGGAGGAGAUUUAAUCGGUUCCUACGAGAGUCAGCGUAAAAGCGACAAAACCCGCGCCUCCAACAUUGUCUUUUACACACAUGACUCUGAUUUCGGUACGGAAGUCUUCUUUGGCGAGGUUAUGCUGUUUGCAAGACCAUUGGUGAGGCGUGUGUACUACCCUUUGGCGUACAUUCGGUGUUAUGGUCCUGCUCAGCUUCGUCGUGGCCGUUUCUUUGUGGUUGACACUCAACCGCCUGGGAAUUUACACGAGUGGGUGAACAUACGGCAAAUCAAGAGGGUUGUUGGCACCUUGACUACUCAGCCAUUGAUUGACGAGCUUAGGGGAGAUGCAGUCAAGCCUGCGUGGAUCAUCGAUAGAGAGACAUUUGCGUGGAACAAUGCGGCUAGGUUGUUAAUCGACUGA